AAAUCGGGCAACCCGUGGACGCAGUUCUGCGCAUGUGCAGGAAGCGCCAGAGUUUCACUUUGUAACUUUUAAGUGGUCGGGAAGUCGCCCCGCCUGGCCAGGUGGAGCCAGACCACUCCCCCAGGCCGCGUCAGCCGCGCCGCCGUCGCAGGGACAGCAAGUGCGAUGACCACCUCCCCAUUCCUGGAGCUGUGGCAGUCCAAGACUGUGUCCAUCCGAGAGCAACUGGGCCUUGGGGACCAGCCCAAUGACUCCUACUGCUACAACUCAGCCAAAAACAGCACUGUGCUCCAGGGAGUCACUUUUGGAGGCAUCCCUACUGUCCUGCUCAUAGACGUCAGCUGCUUCCUGUGUUUAAUAUUGGUGUUUUCCAUCAUAAGAAGAAGAUUCUGGGAUUAUGGCCGCAUUGCCCUGGUGUCAGAAACAGACAGUGAGUCCAGAUUCCAGAGAUUGUCAUCGACUUCCUCUUCAGGGCAACACGACUUUGAAAAUGAGCUGGGAUGCUGCCCCUGGCUGACUGCGAUCUUCCGCCUGCAUGAUGACCAGAUCCUGGAGUGGUGUGGGGAGGAUGCCAUCCACUACCUGUCUUUCCAGAGGCACCUCAUCUUCCUGCUGGUGGUGGUCAGCUUCUUGUCCCUGUGUGUCAUCCUGCCUGUCAACCUCUCAGGAGACUUGCUAGACAAAGAUCCUUAUAGCUUUGGAAGAACAACAAUUGCAAACCUGCAGACUGGCAAUGACCUUCUUUGGCUGCACACCAUCUUUGCUGUCAUUUACCUCAUCCUCACCGUGGGCUUCAUGCGGCACCACACCCAGUCCAUCAAGUACAAAGAAGAGAGCCUGGUGAGAAGGACCUUAUUCAUCACAGGACUCUCCAGAGAUGCCAAAAAAGAGACAGUGGAGAGCCACUUUCGGGAUGCAUAUCCCACAUGUGAGGUGGUGGAUGUCCAGCUGUGCUACAACGUGGCCAAGCUCAUCUACCUGUGCAGGGAGAGAAAGAAGACAGAGAAGAGCCUGACUUAUUACACAAAUCUGCAGAUGAAGACUGGUCGGGCAACCCUCAUCAACCCCAAGCCCUGCGGCCAGUUUUGCUGCUGUGAAGUGCAGGGCUGUGAGCGGGAGGAUGCCAUCUCUUACUACACACGCCUGAAGGACAGGCUGAUAGAGAGGAUCUCGGCAGAGGAAUGCCAUGUCCAGGAUCAGCCCCUGGGGAUGGCCUUUGUCACCUUCCAGGAGAAGUCCAUGGCCACCUACAUCCUGAAAGACUUCAACGCCUGCAAGUGUCAGGGCCUUCGGUGCAAAGGUGAGCCCCAGCCGUCUUCCUAUAGCAGAGAACUCUGCAUCUCCAACUGGACAGUUACCUUUGCCUCGUACCCAGAGGACAUCUGCUGGAAGAAUCUCUCCAUCCAGGGCCUCCGCUGGUGGCUCCAGUGGCUGGGCAUCAACUUCACCCUCUUCAUAGUGCUGUUUUUCCUGACCACACCCUCCAUCAUCCUGUCCACCAUGGACAAGUUCAAUGUCACCAAACCCAUCCAUGCAUUAAAUAACCCGAUUGUCAGCCAAUUCUUCCCAACACUCCUCCUCUGGUCCUUCUCGGCCCUGCUCCCAUCCAUUGUCUACUACUCUACACUGCUGGAGUCUCACUGGACCAAGUCAGGGGAAAACCGGAUCAUGAUGACCAAGGUCUACAUAUUCUUGAUCUUCAUGGUGCUGAUUCUGCCCUCCCUGGGCCUCACCAGUCUGGAUUUUUUCUUCCGGUGGCUCUUUGACAAAACUUCCUCUGAGACCUCUAUCAGAUUGGAGUGCGUCUUCCUGCCGGACCAGGGUGCCUUCUUUGUGAACUACAUCAUUGCCUCAGCCUUCAUCGGCAACGGCAUGGAACUGCUGCGGCUGCCGGGCCUCAUCCUCUACACCUUCCGCAUGAUCAUGGCCAAGACAGCCGCUGACCGCCGGAACGUCAAGCAGAACCAGGCCUUCGAGUAUGAGUUUGGAGCCAUGUAUGCGUGGAUGCUGUGCGUCUUUACUGUCAUCAUGGCCUACAGCAUCACCUGCCCCAUCAUCGUGCCAUUUGGCCUCAUCUACAUUCUGCUCAAGCACAUGGUGGAUCGACACAACCUCUACUUCGCUUACCUUCCCGCCAAGCUGGAGAAGAGGAUCCACUUUGCUGCAGUGAACCAGGCCUUGGCUGCUCCCAUCCUCUGCCUCUUCUGGCUCUUCUUCUUCUCCUUCCUGCGCCUGGGUCUGAAGGCCCCUGCCACCUUGUUCGCCUUCCUGGUUGUGCUGCUCACCAUCCUGGUCUGCCUGGCCUACACUUGCUUUGGAUGUUUCAAGCACUUCAGCCCUCUGAACUACAAGACAGAAGAAUCAUCAAGUGACAAAGGAAGUGAGACGGAGGCCCAAGUGCCCCUACCAUUCACACCCUAUGUGCCCCGGAUUCUGAAUGGUUUGGCCUCGGAGAGGACAGCCCUGUCCCCGCAGCAGCAACAGACCUAUGGCGCCAUCCAUAACAUCAGCGGGACUCUCCCUGGACAGCACUUAGCCCAGAGCCCUGCGGACAGUGUGGUCUCUGCCUACCAGGAGGCCUGAGGGUGGGCAAGCUGCUGGUCUGGGCCAGGCUCAGGAGCCCCAGAGAAGACUCAGGUGGAAAAGCAGAUUGACUGCAACCCCUACCAAGUUCAGGACUUCUUUCCAUCUGUUUUAAGCCCCAUUGUUCUGAAAAUAUAGAACCAGAAGGGUCUGGGACUCAGGCCCUUAGCUGAGGGGGAAGGGUUGGGGCGGCCAGGUUAAGAGCCAUCAAGUGGGUCCUCUUUUUUUCUGCUCACAGCAGAAGUGUGGGGAACAGCUGUGGCUCUCCACCCUCAUUUGCUCACCUGUGAUUCUGCACAUUUCUAUUCCCAGCCACCUCCUGAGCAAGCUUCCAGCUCUAGCAGUCCCAGUGGUUUAUAGCCAAGAUCAUGUGCUGGAAUUUUGUUCCCCAGCAAAGAUUAUGUUGGAUGAGAAGGAGAAAUUGUCUCUCUUGAGUACCCAACACAGCCUGUCCCUCUACAGGCUCAUGGACGACUAGUGACCAGAAAGCCUGCAGCGAUCACGUCUGAGAUGAAACCUAGAGGGGAGUCCAGCACCCCGCUGGCCCUAGCCAGGCAGCCCUCCAGGCUGCUCCUGAAGUGAGCUGGGGGAGCUGGGGUAGGAGCACCAGUACCGGCUGCAGCAGGCUCCUGCCAGCUGUGCAGGUUUUUAUCAUGUUGCCAGGGAUUCUGUGACUCGGUAAGGGAGAGAUGAUGAGGAUCAGGGGACAGAGGUGAGCCCCUUCUUCAAAAAAGGGGCAUCUUCUUCAAGACAAGAUUGGGGAGAAAGGCAGAGAAAAUGAGGGUCACUAAUAAAGUGCCCGUUGGGCUAGGUUGGUGA